UGUGUGCCACCGUUCGAGCUGGCCGCUGGGUGGAUUUAAGCAUCCGUUUCAAUCGAAACCGCUCGAGGACGCGAUCGGUUGCCAACGUUACGCGCACUUCAACAGCCAGCCUGCGAGACAACCCUGCGCCAAGAUGCGGUCCAUCAUCGUCGGCAUGAACUCGAUCCUGCUCGCAGCGGUCAUCAUUCUGUUGCUGCUGGACGAGAGUAAAGCCACCUCAACACCGAACGGUGACGCCUUGAUCAGUCAGCUAACACGCUCGCGCUACUGCGGUCGUCGUCUUACGGAAACUCUGGCCUAUCUCUGCCAGGGCCGGUACCCAAUGCUGACCCACUAUCGCACUGACUACUACCACGAUCAGCAGCAGCAGCAGCAACAGCGCGUGAAGGUGGAAGUGGCCACACUUCCGGACAGCCUGCCGCCGGGUUUCCCGUACCCAGGCACGGGCGUACAUCGACGAAAUCGGCGCAGUUCCGGUGGCAUCUACGACGAGUGCUGCAAGAAAAGCUGCUCCUUCGUCGAGCUGCGUACCUACUGUGAUUGAGAGGCCAGGAAAAAGCUCCUACGCGAAAACAACACAAAAUGGACGUCACUCCAUCGCACGUCGUGCUAGCUAAUCAAUGGCUUAUAAUCAACUAUUGCUUGCGUAUUAUUCUAUCCAGGUUACUUUGGCAGGCUA